GAGGGUAGUAGGAAUAUGUUUAAGGUGUGGAGUUUCCAGGCACGUGAGUUUGUGUGCAAGGUGUGGGGGGGUAUAUGGUGACUAUCUGAGGUUUUGAGGUAGGAAGAUUAUGAAGAGGGCAUGUGAGAGAUAGGAGGGUCAUGAGGGGAGAGUUUACUGUGUAUGUGUAGAGAGGAUUACAUAUAGAUAGGUUGGAGGGGAGGUGGGGGGAAGGUGUCAGGGUAUGGGCUUGUAUGAUGCUGCAUGGACCAUGAUGUGCUGAAGGAAGGGGUGGUGUUGGUUAAAUGUACACACAGGUGCAUACAAUCCUGGUGGCUACUGCAAGUGUGUACAAAUGAACGUCCUGCUCCCCCUUAGAGGGCACCAGCAGACUGCUCUUGGAGGGCUGGAGCUAGAGAAGUUAAUAGGAGAGGGGAAGAGCCUCCAUUAACCUCUUCUUGCCUGCAGCCGACAGAGUCUGGAGUCAAGGAGAAUCAUGAGGUCCAGGGCCGAGCUGUGCACUCGCUUAGGCGGACUCUCAUUCCUUCUGCUACUGAUGUCUGGCAAGGGGGCCAAGGGUGAAUCCUUCAAAGAGAGUCAGGGAGUCUGCUCCAAGCAGACGCUGGUGGUCCCGCUCCGUUACAACGAGUCCUACAGCAAACCAGUGUAUAAGCCCUACCUGACUCUGUGUGCUGGAAGGCGCAUCUGCAGCACCUACAGGACCACUUACCACGUGGCGUGGCGCGAGGUGAGGAGGGAGGUGCAGCAGAUCCAUGCUGUGUGCUGCCAGGGCUGGAAAAAGCGGCAUCCGGGAGCACUCACCUGUGAUGAAGCCAUCUGCGCCAAGCCCUGCCUGAAUGGAGGCGUUUGCGUUCGGCCAGACCAGUGCGAGUGUGCCCCUGGCUGGGGUGGGAAGCACUGUCACGUGGAUGUGGAUGAAUGUAGGACUGGCGUCACCCUCUGCUCCCACCGUUGCCUCAACACGGCAGGCAGCUUCACCUGUGGCUGUCCCCAUGGCUUGGUGCUGGGCCCUGAUGGGCGCACCUGUGCAGAGGGGUCUUCAGAGCCCCCAACCGGUGCCAGUAUCCUCAGCGUGGCGGUUCGGGAAGUGGAACAUGAUGAGCGCGCCCUGAGGCGGGAGAUUCGCGAGCUGCGAGGACGCCUGGAGCGGCUGGAACAGUGGGCUGGACAGGCAGGGGCCUGGGUCCGAGCGGUGCUGCCCAUGCCACCUGAAGAACUACAGCCCGAACAGGUGGCAGAGCUGUGGGGCCGGGGCGACAGGAUCGAGUCUCUCAGUGACCAGGUGCUGCUGCUGGAGGAGAGGCUAGGCACCUGCUCCUGUGAGGACAACAGUCUGGGCCCAGGCCUCAAUCGGCGGAGAUAAGGAACCUCUGCAGAGCCCUAACCCCCUAAUUUAUACAGAAAACUGGACCCACUAAUCCUCUGGGAUUGGCCACCGUGGGAGCUGCAGAUAAGGUUAUCUGUCACUAAGGAGUAACGAGCAACGGAAACGUCAGAGAGCUGAAGAAAGGGGGAAGGAUGGUUGUCUUGGCCUAUCCCUGAGUCUUCUGGCUGGGGCACAGUGCCUGGGCCAGAACUGCUUCUUCAACUCCUUAACAAAUGCAGCCAGAAAGUGCCCAGAUCUCUCUUUCAAUCUUUAUUCUUGGUUUCUUGCUGUUAUCCAGAUAAUUAAUAAAAACCAACCACGCAAAACUGG